AAAGUAAUGGAAAUAUUCUGUUCUUUUAAAUCGUAAUUAUGAAAUGCUUAGAAAAAUAUACUAAGUUCUUAGGAUACCCUUUAGAUAUAACAUGAUGAUUCCUGUUUAACAUAUUUUAAGACAGGGGCCCUAGGAAACCCCUAGUGAUUGCGGAACCCUGAUUCUUCUCACUUUGAAACCAUGCUUCAUCCUUCCAGCAGAUAUGUGCACAUUUGCCUCUACAGUCCAAGUUUAUCAUUUGCUGUUGCAUUCAAUGAACUAGACUAUGCAUAUUGACCUAUCACCUUUUCUCAGAUGGACAAGGACCUCUUUUAAAUGGUAUUCAGGGGACUGAGCAGGGCUGUCUCCUUUUGCUACCAUCCCUGGUCUAAGUUCUAUCAUUUUGCAGUCUGAUGCUGGCGACAGUAACCUAGCUCUCUUCCCUCUACUUGCCUGGGUACCUCUGGUCUGUCUGCAUGCUCAGCAGGCUUCCUAUUGGCUGAUAUUUGGAACUAACAUUGCCUACUACCUUCACACAACACACAGUCACAGAAAUCUAAUGCUUCCUGCAUCCUGCACACGUGCAUGCUUUACACAUCUUCUGCCAACACUACAGGACCCUUCUCAUCCAGCUUCCUGAUGGUUUUGUCUCUGGUUUGUUUAAUGCUUCCACCAUGGCAAACACCUUUUCUGCUUCAAAAGCGCUUCAUGUGUGCUGUAGCCUUUCUCUUAGAGGGUAAAUCCUAGUCCUCUCUUUCUUGUAAAACUGACUUACUGCUUGGGGCUUCCCCCCAACCCCGUGGCAUCUCUUAGAGAUGUCUCAUGUCUGACAAGUCCCCCAUACCCCAACUAGAGUCUGUCUUGCUUAAGAUCCUGUUCAUACACUUUCAUGGUAUUUGUGAUCACACGCUUCUAUUAUUGUUUUGCUGUAGCUGAGCUACCCAAUUAAGAUCUUUCUCACUGGCCUGUUAAAAAGUUUUUUUUUUUUCCUCACUGCAGACUGUAGCGAUCAAAAGAAUCAAAUAAAUGCAUUGAGUAAAUGAAUAGCCAUACAGAAUAGGAGGCACCUCAUGUCCAUGGCAAGCUCUGUUUCUUAGGGCCAAUAUAGAGAGGUUUGGGUGUCUGGGGACAAGAUUCAAUUUGUAGAAGAGAAAGCCUGGAGAAGGCCACCUCAGAACAGGGGUUGGGGAUUGUUUCAGAUACUGGGGACAGUGACUAGCUAUUCACUACAGUGAAUUCAAGCUGUCCUAGAUAUCAUGGUUACUGGUGGGAUUCUGGGCAGUUGGGUGAUCUAGAGUGCAUCCAAGCUUCAGGUUGCACAUCUCUUUAUCAAAGGUUCAGGAUUCCCACCUGGUCAGGGUAGGGCCGGGGAUGCGGCAAAAGAGAAAACUGCAGAAAGUUUCCAGCGAACCCUGGGUUUCUUCGCCAUCACCGAAAGACUUGUCCAGAAGUCACACCCCUUACCUGAACCUCCAGCUUCUCAGCUCAUCUCUAUGCCCCUAAGCUAGUAUCUCAAGGCGGACCCUGAGCGCUGCCCUCCCUCUCCUAGCUGUGCGUCGGUCCCUCCCUUCCCCUGACUCCCACCCGGCCUCCCCGCCCCCUCCUUCCCCUCCCUCGGAGCCCAGGCCCAGGAAUCCCACGCCCUUUGCAGUACAGGAGCUUGGACGAGCCCAGGGAAGCCUCGGGUCGCCAAUCACCGAGCGGAGGAGAGGCGGGCGCUAGGCUCGGGCGCGCUGGGGGAGCCAGCUGGCGCUGCUCUGCGCGAGCCGCAGACAAUCACCCCGACACCGACACGCGCGCAGCAGACCCGCGGGCAUCACCGACAGAGCUUCCCUACCACGGGCGCUGCAGACCCGGCUCUGGGAGACCCCUGUACCCCGAAGCGUCGCAGGCUCUCGCGGUCGGAUCAGGGAGGAGGCUCACAGGCUCCAGCGCUGCCAUGUGAGCCGCAGCGGCGACUCGCACCUGGCGCCGCACCUGGGGCUCGGCGGCCCUCGGGGACAAUGCGCGCCUCCAGCAGUCACCGCGUCCGCACCUGACCAUGGAGUGCGCCCUCCUGUUCGCGUGCGCCCUCCGGGCCGCCGGUCCCGGGCCGCCAUGGGGCCCCGCGGGACUACGGCGUCUGGCCAAGGCGCUCCAGCUGUGCUGCCUCUGCUGUGCUUCGGUGGCCGUCGCCUUAGCCAGUGACAGCAGCAGCGGUGGCAGCGGAUUAAAUGAUGAUUACGUCUUUGUCACGCCAGUAGAAGUGGACUCGGGCGGGUCAUAUAUCUCACACGACAUUUUGCACAACAGGAAAAGGCGUUCGGCACCCGGUGCCAGCAGCUGCCUGCAUUACCGCUUUUCAGCAUUUGGACAGGAUCUACACUUAGAGCUUACGCCCUCGGCGAUCUUGGGCAGUCACUUUAUAGUCCAGGUACUUGGAAAGGACGGUGCUUCAGAGACUCGGGAGCCUGAGGUGCAGCAGUGUUUGUAUCAGGGAUUUAUCAGAAAUGACAGUUCGUCCUCUGUUGCCGUGUCUACGUGUGCCGGCUUGUCAGGUCUGAUAAGGACACGAGACAAUGAAUUCCUCAUCUCACCGCUACCUCAGCUGCUGGCCCAGGAACACAACUACAGCUCGCCUGCAGGCCACCAUCCUCACGUCCUGUACAAAAGGACAGCAGAGAAGAGGGUCCAGCGGUACCAAGACUACCCUGGCUCCCACCGGAUUUAUCCUGGUCACUCCCCAAGUCACACUCCCCCUGCCUCCCAGAGCCAAGAGACAGAGUACCGCCAUCGAAGGUGGCAAAGGCAGCAUUUCUGUGGACGACGCAAGAAAUAUGCCCCCAAGCCUCCUGCAGAGGACACCUAUCUAUGCUUUGAUGAAUAUGGGGGCACAGGGCGGCCCAGAAGAUCAGCUGGAAAGUCACAAAAGGGUCUCAAUGUAGAAACCCUCGUGGUGGCAGAUGCAAAGAUGGUGGAAAAACACGGCAAGGGUGAUGUUACCACGUACAUUCUCACAGUCAUGAAUAUGGUUUCUAGCUUGUUCAAAGAUGGGACCAUUGGAAGUGAUAUAAAUAUUGUGGUUGUGAGCCUAAUCCUUUUGGAGCAAGAACCUGGAGGAUUGCUGAUCAACCACCACGCAGACCAGUCUCUAAAUAGCUUCUGCCAGUGGCAGUCUGCGCUCGUGGGAAAGAAUGGCAAGAGGCAUGACCACGCCAUCCUCCUUACGGGAUUUGACAUUUGUUCCUGGAAGAAUGAACCAUGUGACACACUAGGAUUUGCCCCAAUCAGUGGAAUGUGCAGUAAGUACCGAAGCUGUACCAUCAAUGAAGACACAGGACUUGGCCUUGCCUUCACCAUUGCUCAUGAGUCAGGGCACAACUUUGGCAUGGUUCAUGAUGGCGAAGGCAACCCCUGUAGGAAGGCGGAAGGCAACAUCAUGUCACCCACACUGACUGGAAACAAUGGGGUGUUUUCAUGGUCUUCCUGCAGCCGACAGUAUCUCAAGAAAUUCCUCAGUACACCACAGGCUGGCUGUCUGGUGGAUGAGCCCAAGCAAACAGGACAGUAUAAAUAUCCGGACAAACUCCCAGGACAGAUUUAUGAUGCCGACACACAGUGUAAGUGGCAAUUUGGAGCGAAAGCCAAGCUGUGCAGCCUUGGGGUUAUGAAGGAUAUUUGCAAAUCACUCUGGUGCCACCGCGUGGGCCACAGAUGUGAAACCAAGUUCAUGCCUGCAGCAGAAGGGACCGUUUGUGGCUUGAGUAUGUGGUGUCGACAGGGCCAGUGUGUAAAGCUUGGAGAGCUCGGGCCCCGGCCCAUCCAUGGCCAGUGGUCUGCCUGGUCGAAGUGGUCAGAAUGUUCGCGCACUUGUGGUGGAGGAGUCAAGUACCAGGAGAGGCACUGUAGUAACCCCAAGCCUCAGUAUGGUGGCAAGUUCUGUCCAGGAUCUAGCCGUAUCUACAAACUGUGCAACAUUAACCCUUGUAGUGAAAACAGCUUGGACUUCCGCGCCCAGCAGUGUGCAGAGUAUAACAAUAAGCCCUUCCGGGGAUGGUUGUACCGGUGGAGACCCUAUACCAAAGUCGAAGAGGAAGAUCGAUGUAAGCUCUACUGCAAGGCUGAGAACUUCGAGUUCUUUUUCGCCAUGUCCGGCAAGGUGAAAGACGGGACACCCUGUUCCCCACACAGAAACGAUGUCUGCAUCGACGGGAUUUGUGAACCAGUGGGAUGCGACCAUGAACUUGGCUCGAAGGCAGUUUCAGAUGCAUGUGGUGUUUGCAAAGGUGACAAUUCGACUUGCAAGUUCUAUAAAGGGCUGUACCUCAGUCAGCACAAAGCGAACGAAUAUUAUCCUGUGGUCACCAUCCCACCUGGGGCCCGCAGCAUUGAGAUCCAGGAGCUGCAGCUUUCUUCCAGCUAUCUUGCUGUUCGAAGCCUCAGUCAAAAGUAUUACCUCACCGGGGGCUGGAACAUCGACUGGCCUGGGGACUUCACCUUCGCGGGGACCACGUUUGAAUACCAGCGUUCCUUUAACCACCCGGAACGCCUGUUUGCACCAGGACCCACAAACGAGACGCUAGUCAUUGAAAUUCUGACACAAGGCAAGAAUCCGGGGAUCACAUGGAAGUAUGCACUUCCCAAGGUCAUGAACAUAACUCAGCCAACCACAAAGAGGUACCAGUACACCUGGCGCACGGUGCAGUCUGACUGCUCAGUCUCCUGUGGGGGAGGUUACAUCAGCAUCAAGGCCAUUUGCUUACGAGAUCCAAACACUCAAGUCAACUCCUCGUUCUGCAGUGUCAGAACCAAGCCAGCAACAGAACCCAAGACAUGCAAUGCUUUCUCCUGCCCAGCCUAUUGGUUGCCAGGUGAAUGGAGUGUAUGUAGCAAGUCCUGUGCCGGGGGCCAGCAAAGCAGGAAGAUACGGUGCGUGCAGAAGAAGCCCUUCCAGAAGGAGGAAGCUGUGCUGCAUUCUCUCUGUCCAGUGAGCACACCCACUCAGGUUCAAGUAUGCAACAGCCAUGCCUGCCCUCCAGAGUGGAGCCCUGGGCCCUGGUCUCAGUGUUCCAAGACCUGUGGACGAGGAGUGAGGAGACGUGAGGUCCUUUGUAAAAACUCUGCCUCAGAGACGCUCUCAGAGAACCUGUGUUCUGGCAGCCCCAGACCUGAGACACAGGAGGGCUGUGUGCUGGGACGAUGCCCCAAAAACAACCGGCUCCAGUGGAUCACCUCUUCAUGGAGUGAGUGUUCUGCAACCUGUGGUUUGGGUGUGAGGAAGAGAGAGCUGAAGUGCAGUGAGAAGACCUUGCAGGGGAAACUGAUAACAUUCCCAGAGCGGAGAUGCCGCAACAUUAAGAAGCCAAACCUGGAACUGGAAGAAACCUGCAACAGAAGGGCUUGCCCUGUGUACAGUAUGGUGGCAGGGUGGUAUUCCUCACCAUGGCAACAGUGCACGGUAACCUGUGGGGGAGGGGUCCAGACCCGAUCUGUCCACUGUGUGCAGCAAGGCCGCCCUUCCUCAAGUUGUUUGCUCCAUCAGAAGCCUCCGGUGCUCAGAGCCUGCAAUACAAACUUCUGCCCAGCUCCUGAAAAGAGAGAUGACCCAUCCUGUGUCGAUUUCUUCAGCUGGUGUCAUCUGGUCCCUCAGCACGGGGUCUGCAACCACAAAUUUUAUGGAAAACAGUGUUGUAGGUCAUGCACAAAGAAGAGCUAGCUGAUCCAGAGACCACGUACCUUCCUCAGACCAGGACCUUACCUGCCCAUCUCCAGGUCUUUUGAUCAAGACUACAAACCACACAGGAACUGCCACAGGGUUUGAAGAAUGGAUAGACAGCCACCAGCCUCCUUAGUCGACCCCUAGAAGCACAUGGUACUCUGAAGCACUUGACAAUGAGAAGUGAUGACAAAUCCAGCUUUAAAAAACAAAAAAAAAAAAAGCCUUCUCUUUGCACUGUCAUUUGAAAGAUGAGCUGCAUCAGACUGAGACAUGACAAGUUUUCAUUUUGACCAAGUGAAAAUCUUGUUGACUUUGGGAUGGGUCUCCUCUCCACAUACAUACCCUUGAACAUCAAAGGAGUCAAGGGCAAAGACAUCUAUUUUUUAAAAGGCCCUUGAAGGCUUCAGGUCAAAGACUGAUACUCAGAGCCAUCAAAUACAUGAAUGGAACUCUUUGCCCAGCAGUUGCUUGGAAUUUAUAGUGUCAAAAUCUGAUAACAAACGGUGCUCAAUGGGUGCUUGCUGCUGGACUGGCAAGCUGUAUCUUAUGUUUAUUUUCUGUGUGUUGUUUAUUGGGUUUCAAGUAUAUUCUGCCUUUAGAGAGUCUCCAAGACUGAAAUUAACAACUUGAAACAUAUUCCCAGUAGCAUUCUGGAAGCAGGGUCACAUGGGCUAUUUAAGAUCUUCAUGGAAUUAAAACUCACACUUGAAGGGAAAAAAAAAACCCUCAAAUCUUGAUGCCCUUCAUCUGACAUCAACCUCAUAACUUUUGGUGCUUAUUGACUGGGAAAGAGGGAGGCUGGUGCCUGCUCUUUGGGAACAAGAACUGGUGACAUGUUCAUUUUUGGUAAAAAUAGGCGCUAACUGGUAAAAUAGCAUGCUUGAAGGAGGGAAGCCUACCAUUUAUAAUGCUCCAUACAUAUUAUCAGAAUGCUUAGAAAAUUAAAGGCUGCUUGUGGUUUUCGCCCACCAACUGACAAGUUUCAAUUCACCCCAGGACUUGGUCAACAAGGAAAAAAAUAAAUAAAACACAGUGGCCAGAGAAAAAUCCAUCUGUCUUCUUGCUACAUUAAUAAAUUACAACUCACCAAGACCCUUCCAUGAAUAACAGUACUUCACCAUGUCUCAGAUGAGAUUUUUGGUCAUCAGGAGCCAGCUGUUGAUGGGCAUUAACAAGCUUAAAAUUGUUCUCAAUUGGAAAAACACCAUUCUGUUUGCCAAAGCCAGAGUAACUUAUAAGACUGUGUUCCCCUGUAAUUCUUUGAGAAGUGGUUCUACAGGGCAUGUUUAUAUGAUACUCCUCCAUCUCCCCAGUUUCUUGGAUGAAUGUACACUCAUUUUUACUGCUUCUCAGAGUCUCGGUUCAAACAGGGGUUUGCCAGCUCAGCAGAACCAGCUAGACAGUGGUCUGUUAAAUUUAACAGCAUUCCUUGUCCCCAUCCUAGUGGGAAUCAUGAGUUCUUGGAUGCCAUGGAAGUGAAAAGUUGCCAUGGAAGUGAAAAGUAACAGCUUGGCCUUCUUGGCUUGGCCCUUUGGUAGCCAUUUUUAUAUGAGGAGAGAGAAAAAAAAAUAAUACCACACUACCAUUCCCUUGCUCUCUGAAAAGUGGGAAGUUAUUUGUCUUUAUAUAAUUAUCAUUUUAUUAUUUUAUGGGAAAGAAUUAAUUUAUUAAUAGCCUAUUCUUAUGUGUUCUCACUCGCUUCUUUGAGUAAGUGAUAUUCUGAGGGAUAAUGUUGAAUAAAAAAAAACAUGGAUUAUAGAGAAAAGUCAAAAUAUAUGUGUAAUAUUUAAUUAUUUUAUGUUUUAUAAUAAAGUAUUCUGUUUCUUUA